AUGUCCAACCUCGAGUCCCUCGUUCAGCGCCUGGAGAAGGUUGCUGUGCGCCUUGAGGGCGCUGCCUCCCGCGGUGGCUCUGCGCCCGCCCCUGCCCAGGCCGCCCCCGCUGGUGGCGCCGCAGACGACUCUGCCAGCGUCAGCGGCUACGACGAGCUCCUCAGCGGCCCCUUUGCCGACUUCCUGGCCAAGGGCCGUGCUCUCGGCGGCGACCUUGCCACGCAGCUCGAUAUUGUCGAGCGUGCCUUCCACGCUCAGCGCGAGUUCAUCGUCGUCGCCAGCAAGGCCAAGCAGCCAUCCCAGGAUGUGCUCAUGAAGCUGCUCCACAACACCUCCUCUGCCCUCGCCGAGGUCCAGUCUUUCCGUGAGAGCAACCGCCGCAGCAACCAGUUCAACCACCUGAGCGCUGUGAGCGAGGGCAUCCCAUGCCUUGGCUGGGUCACCAUUGCCCCCAAGCCCGCCCCAUACGUCCGCGAGAUGAAGGACGCCGCCCAGUUCUACACCAACCGGGUCCUCAUGGAGUUCAAGGACAAGGACCAAAGCCAAGUGGACUGGGCCAAGUCCUGGGUCGCCGUCCUCGAUGGCCUUUACGACUACAUCAAGGACAUCCACACCACCGGCCUCGUGUGGAACAACCGCGAUGGCGUUGAUGCCAGCACUUUCGUUGGCACCGCUGCUCCUGCGGCUCCCAAGCCCGCUGCCCCGAAGCCGGCCGCCGUGCCGUCCAAGUCUGAGGGCAGUGAUACCCGCGCCAGCCUCUUCGCCGCGCUGAACAAGGGCGGCGGUGUGACUGCUGGCCUGAAGAAGGUUGAGAAGAGCCAGAUGACCCACAAGAACCCAGCCCUCCGCGCAACCUCUGUGGUGUCUGCAUCUGCCGCCAAGCCUACCGCUGCCAAGCCUGCUGCCAAGCCCGCCGCAGCCGUGCAGAAGAAGGACCCCGUCUUUGAGCUCGUGGGCAAGAAGUGGACUGUCGAGUAUCAGGUGGACAACCACGACAUUGUCAUCGAGGGCAACAUCAAGCAGUCCGUCUACAUCUACAAGUGCGAGAAGACGACGAUCAAGAUCAGCGGCAAGGUGAACAGCAUCACGCUGGACAACUGCAAGAAGGUCGGCGUUGUCUUUGACAGCGCUGUUGGCGUCUUUGAUGUCGUCAACUGCAAGAGCGUGCAGGUCCAAGUUGUCGAGAAGGUGCCGACGGUGUCGAUUGACAAGACGGACGGGUGCCAGGUGUACCUGAGCGCCACGAGCCUGGACACGGAGAUUGUGUCUGCCAAGUCGUCCGAGAUGAACGUUCUCAUCCCAGAGGGCGACAACGGCGACUACAAAGAGAUGCCUGUGCCCGAGCAGUACAAGACGAAGGUUGUCAACGGCUCCCUCGCCACAGAGGCAACAGACAUUGCCGGCUAA